UCAUAUGAUUUAUAUUACAACCUUCUUGUUUUAGUACCAAAUAGUGAAAAUGAAGGAACUGAUUUAAGCCGUAAAGAUUAUGAUGAGCUUAUAAGACUUGGUUCUUACUAUUAUUUUCGUUUUAUUGACAUAAAAGAGAUUAAUCGUGUCCAUUGGAAGUCAAACCAAUAUAUUUGGGAUCGUUUUAAGGAAGUGUCGACUAAAAUUCGUGUCUGGGAAAUCGAAGAUUAUGAGCUCGUCGGAUUUUUAGAUGCAGAUAUGUGUGUUAUACGUAACAUGGAUGAACUUCUAGAGUUAGAUUUGGAUGAAAAUACAAUUGCAGCAUGUCAUGCAUGUACAUGCAAUCCACUUAAAAAUCCCUCGUAUCCUAAAAGUUGGACUCCAGAAAGUUGUGCUUACACGAAAGGACCAAUUUAUCCGGGGUCUACUAAUAUGGCACCAAUCACUAAUUCUGAAAGUUAUUUUAACUCUGGAAUGAUGAUAUUACGCCCUUCUAAAACGAAAUUUAAUGAAAUAUUUAAUCAUAUAAAAAAUCAUGAGAACCCCGAGAAAAUAACAUUUAUAGACCAGGAUCUUCUUAAUGAAGUUUUCAAGGGUAAAUGGGUAGGGCUUCCCUACAUUUAUAACGCAUUAAAGACAUUGCGCAAGUAUCAUUCGUCAAUUUGGUCAGAUAAAUGUGUUAAGAAUGUUCAUUACAUAAUCAGCGAUAAACCAUGGAAAGAAGAUAUUGUUAAGAUGAGGGCAAUGAAUGUGGAUGAAAGGGGAUAUGCUUGGAUUUUAAACAAUUGGUGGUGGAAGGUUUAUAAUGAUGAAGGCUGGGAGGAUGAUGAUUUUAAAGAUAUUGUAGCAUGA